AUGUUGAGAAAUCUGAAAGAAGUGUUAGCGGCGAAGGAGGCACAAUUCGAGCGAGCGAUCGCCGAAGCGAACAGCAAAGUAGACUGGGACAUUCUGCAAUUGAGACAUCUCCUGGACAAAGCAGACAUCAACUACGCGAACAAUGUGGAGAUGUUGAAUGAGAGAUUCGAAAAGGAGAAAGGUAAGGUGUACCAGCUGCCAUUCUCUACCGACCGGCAAACCUUCUGGUGUUGCGGGUGUGGUGUGGUUGACGGUAAACUUACAAUUUAA